GUCCGCAGCGGAGCUGUGGUUUUUUUUUUUUGUUCGGCGGAGCUCCCGCGCCCGGUCUUGAAAAGUGGCCGCUCCUGGGGAGUAUGCACAAUGUCUUCCUUCUCAUCUGCAAGAAUCUCAUCUACACCAGCAUCUUUAUUUGUAUUAAAUACCAGAAGGACAGAAUCCCAUGAUAUUCCUAAUAUUAUCAAUCUUAUGAAAUAUGAUACAGAAAGAUUGUUUGGCAGGAUUAAUGUCAUAUAUCUUUUAGAAAAAACUAAUCUUGCAGUGACUGUGAUUAAUGACAAAAAUGUAAGUGUUGCUCAUGCUGCAUUUUUGGAUUAUCCUAACUGGGGUAUUGUUGAUGAAGCUAAUUGGGAAACAUAUAUGAAACAAAACUAUCCUGAGACAAAGUGUACACCUUUAAAUACACUAUUUAUGCAUCUAUUUGUAGCAACUGAUGAAUAUGCAGUCCAUUGUUGUCAUGAAAUUCUGAAGACUGUUUUUAAAACUGUACCAGAAUUACAUUUCAUAUUUCUCUUCAUACCAUUUCAAGAGGACUUAGGUAUAGAUUUGGCAGUAGCUUUUGAGCCCAUGAUGAAUCCUAUUAAUUCAUCUCUGAUUAUGGAAUAUUCCCUCCAUGUGUCACACAGGCAUCACUAUUGUCCCCAGUUGUAUACUCGCUGUGCCAGGGUAGAAGACCAUGAUGAUCUCACCCCAAUCUUUUUACGGCAUAAUGAUACUCUAAGGCAAACCUAUGGAGACUAUUUCCUUGCUGAACUGAUAGAAGCUCAAGAUGAAAAUAAUAUUGCUGUAGUUUGUGAGGAUAAUGGCGUAGCAGUUGGGUUCAUGAGUAUAUGUUCUGAAGUGAAUGUACAGCUGCUUCAUGACUGCUUUGACUUGAGACUUUUCCAUGGACUUUGCAAACCACAUCCAGAUGAUAUACUUAAACCACCAUGCAUUUCAGUUAAAAUUACAGAUGAAAACAUUAAUGUAGGAAGUCAAAGAGAAGAGAUUAUGGAUACCCAGAAUAUAGAAAUUCAGAGAUCCAGCAAAAUUGGAAGCAUUUCUUCUCAAGCUUCAAAUGCAAGUGAAAGUGCAAUAUUAUCUAAAGAAAGUAUUCAGGCAAGUCCUUUGAAUCUAAUAUUUUGGAGACGGCGUCUCAAAGAUUUUGUGAAUAAUAUUGUGAAAGAGGAAAUACUUGCUCAGAUUUCAUUAGAACAUCCCCUAGAAAGCGACAAAAGUAAGGAUCUGAAAGCAACUGAAACAUCAACUACUACUAGUUUUGAAAGACAACUUUUCCGUCCUAUAUAUAAAGGAGAAGUAAAUGCAAUUUGUAUCCAGCUCUUUUGUAUUGAUGAGCAACAUGAAACAAGGUCACUGGAUUUCUUACAUUUUGUUUUUCAACUUUUCCCAGACAAAGACUUUUGCAUCAUCACAGUGCCACAUAUGGUCCCUGAAUUUCACCUGAUCCAGAGUUUUGUUAGGAUUAUUCCCUUCAUCAAUUCUACACUGGAUCAGGAGCUAUAUGUAUUUCAUCGAUCUGGAUUGCUCAAGUCUUUUCAUGUAAGAGCAGCAAAAUCUACUGAUGUCUUUGCCAUUAAAAGACUAAUCCAAACCCUGGAAUUGAAUGAAGCUAUAUUGGAUGACCUAAAUAACUACUUAUCAGCACGAAGAGAUCCAGAUGGGACACCAGUUCAGGCAUUUGUAGCAGAAGUUUUGAAUCAAAUUGUUGGAAUAUCUGUUAUUAGAAAUGAAAUGGACAUCGAAUAUAUUCGCUCACAUUACAACAUUGAAGAUUUUAUAUAUUUCAGUCAUUACCAGCAGGAAGAACAUGGCCAUCUUUACCAUUUUUCUCUCAAUCCAAUUUUUCAUCAUUAUGCCAAACAUUUUAUGAAGGAGAUACUUCGCCUAGCCCAUAAAUCAUGCCUCUAUUAUCCUAUUUAUUCCCAACCUGUAGAAGGCAAGUACCAGAAUCCCUGUGCCCAUUCCCUGACAUCUGCCCUACAUUACAUGGUUCCCGUGCGACCAAGACAACAGAUUGUCUAUCCUCUGGAAAUGCUUGGUAUAAAUGCUCCAUCAAAACAAGUCUCUAAGGAUCAGUUAAAGUAUGCACUGUAUCAUUUCAAUCGGAAGUUGUCCUUGGAGCCUAAGGUAUCUGUCAAUUGUAGAAUAGUAGUUGUUGGAGCAUCAAAUGUAGGAAUCUCUUUCCUGGAGACAUUGAUUUUUUGCCCACACUUGAAAUUCAACAACCUUACAUUGGUUUCAGCUCAUGGCCUUCCAGGAAAAGAUGUAUCAAAUAAUCUGCAUAAGCGAUUUUUAAUUAACAGUUAUUGUUUUAAUGAGGAUGAUUAUGCACUGAUGUCACUUGGUUCAUGGAUUAAUGUUGUGGCUGGAAAAAUGAUUGCUAUAAACAGAUCUGCAAAACAUGUAACAGUUUCCAAGGAGAAAGAAGUGCCAUAUGAUCAUCUCAUUCUCUGCACUGGCCAACAGUAUCAGGUCCCAUGUCCUAGUGGUGCAGAUAUCAAAAAGUUAUUAACCAACAGAGAGGUAUCAACAAACUAUAAACAGAGAUACACAGGAGUAGUGCCCUCCAAUCUUUUUAUUAUUUCUGAUGAUGAAGAUGCAUUAGCAGCAAUUAACUGGCUAAAAGAAAAAGCGAUUGAGUCCACAGGGAAUAUUAUUAUCUACGGGAAUACAAUUGAUGUGUACACCACUAUAGAAUCCCUCUUAUCAUUAGGAAUUAGUGGCUAUUGUAUACACCUUGUGCAUCCUCCCUCGAAUUCCAAUAUUACUUCUCUCAAUAACAGUGCAAUAGAAAGAGCUAUCAAGAAAGCAAUGUCCAAGUUUCGUGUAACUGAAUACCAUGAUAGUUUAUUGGCUCAGUGGAAUGAUGGCAAUCACCCAGAUCCAAUCACAUGUGCAUCUUUCACUACAAGUACAAAGCCAUUUAAGUUGCAAUGUUGUGCAUUCUUUAACUUUACCAAAAAAAAAGUGGAUUAUGAGACUUUCAAAGCAGUUAAUGAUGCAUGCCUUGUCUAUGAUGGGAGGCUUGUGAUUGAUACCAACUUCCAUACUAAUGAUGUGAGCAUCAGGGCUGCAGGUCCUUUAACCAAAUUUUCCAAUAUAUACUAUGCUAAUGAAUGGACACACGGCAAUUUCAACUCAAAAGAGAUUGGUUUUCAGCUUGCUGCAGCCAUGCUGAAUCUUUUUGAUCCAACUCUAGAGCCAGUUUUUGAACCUUCAGAAGAUUUAGAUAGACUAAUUCCUAUGUACAAGGGAUGCAAAAUUAAAGGUGGUGUUCUACCUGGAAAAUAUAAUUAUCUGCAUGUUUUUAAACCUGGGAUUCCUGCCCGCUUGGAUGUACAAGAAUCACAACCUGAUUAUGGGAUGGCAAUCACAACAGGAGAUGCAGUAAAGGGAACUUACUUCAGAAUACAUGUCAACCAAUACAGCAAAAUAGAAACCAUUACUUGCUUUUCAAAGGAACCUAUUCCCGUUUCCAACUACAUAUGUUUAUUUGGACAACACGAACGUCUUCUUAAUAAUCUUUGUUCUCGCUGGAGGGAGGGGCUGAUCUCAAAUCUCUAUAGCCACUUUAAGGAACCUUGGGCCUUGGCCAUCUAUCACGAUCGUUUUAGUGAUCUGAAGAAGGAACUUCGUCAGAUCUUAGUAUCUACCCAGGAAGAAGAUAUGCCUUCAAUGCAAGAACUUGUGCGUCAAAUUGUAGAAGGUGAAAUUUCAUUACUUGAAAGGCCAAAGACAUAUCUCAAACAAUGCUUUAGGCAAAGUAUAUGCAAUAACAUGGUACAAAAAAGCAUUCUCAAUUAUCUGAAUUAUAAUAAUUAUCAUUUACCAAUGUUUGCCUGGCCAGGAAUAGUGUAAGUAUAAAUGACUAAAUAUGUCUAUUUUUGCAAUGAAUAUACAAUUCAGAAAAGUGUUUAGGAGUGAAGUGUAAAUAGUUAAGCUCUAACUUUUUAUGGUGAGCUAAUGAAUAAAAUAGAGCUUGCCAUUCAAGUAUCCAUGCUAUUUCUACAUGUUAAAUCAUUAAAAACAAAAUCAGCAAACUAUACUGUUAGACAAUGAUACAUAACCAUGCAUGCAAAUAUAUUAAAAUAAUAAAAUCAAAUAUAGUUAUGUGAUCUGAGGCCAACAACAUCAAUAAUAAGAUAUGCCUCAGUGCUACAGACUCCGUGAUAAAGUAAAAUAAAGUAUUUCAUUUCAUCAAUCUGACUGCUUCUAAAUUUUGCUGCUUUUAAAUCCUGUAGCCUCCUGGGCAGUGCUGGGGACUCCCUCCAAAGCAGAACUUGACAGAUGGCUAGUGAGAUUUGCAUAUUGCAUUUUAGCUUUUUAAUUGUUCAUUCAAAAUGCGAACUUUGUAUCUCUCUGUCUUCCUGGACAGAAGGUACAUUGUAGUAGGAGGAAGGUCAGUUUUCUAAUGUACUGAUUAGUGACCUGGCAGCUGCAGGGUUAACUCUCUUUCAAGGGGCAGCUCAGAAACUCUGACCAAUUGUAAUUUAGUUGCAGAAAGUAGUGGAUUGUUUCAGCCAAUAGGAAGGGAAAAAAAAUAACCAAAGUAAGGAAAAUAAAGUGAAUAAAAUGACUUCUAUGUAUACCAAAUGGUGAAAAUGAAUUGGUAUAAUCAGGUGCAGAACUGAAGAGUUAUCAAGAAUUCUGGCAUAAACUAAAAUAUUUUAAAAGAGAUGGGGUAAUAGUAUGAUGGGUAUGAUAGUCAAGGAUGAAGGGGGGGGGAUUAUAACACACAGUCUAUCUAGUAUCUGCAGGCAUUUUCCCAUUAACUGCUGUUCUAUUCAGUCAGAAAGGAUAAUCUUAUACAUAUCCAGCCACAAAACAAUCCCAUAACAUCAGUGGGGUUUAUGAGGAAUAGGAUUAUUUGAGGUCAUGUCAUGUAACGUGAAAAGGUGCGUAUUGUUUCAUUUUAGCACUAAAACAGAAGUACAGAGAAAGCUUUAGAGAAGUAAAAAAAGAUUGCAUAUACUGUUUAACAAAUUGUACAAUUUAUUUGUUUGUUUUAAACUAUUUCUCUGUACUUGCUAUAUCAGUGACAUUGCAAAGCUGUGUCCAAUAAAAUUUAAAAAUGAAACAACUCAAAACUAUUAAAAUAAUAGUUAAAUUUAAAAAAAAUUAGAAUCACAAUAAAAGAAUACCUCAGCCUAUGGAGCUAAGUAAAUUGGUCUAAAAGAGCAUGGAUAACUUUCCUUGAAUAACACUCAGACGCAAUACCCAACUGUUGCAUCAAAACAUUAGACAAAACUCAACAAAAAUUUGAAUUCUCAGUUUGCACAUAAAUCUGCACCUAAAUAAUUCAUCAAAAUUAUUUACCAAUUCUUUUUUUAAAAAAAUAUUUUUCAUUAGAAUUUUAUUACAACAUAAAAACAUA